AUGCCGAGCAACACAAUGAAAGCAGUACACUACGAAGGCCCGUUCAAAGUCUCAGUCAAGGACGUCGAGUUACCCAAGAUCCAGCAUCCAGAUGACGUCAUUGUCAAGGUCACGACAGCAGCCAUUUGCGGAUCCGACCUGCACAUGUACCAGGGACGGACCGCAGCGGAAGCUGGUCUUGUGUUCGGCCAUGAGAACAUGGGGAUCGUCAUGGAGGCUGGGCCGGGCGUAACUCUCCUGGAGAAGGGCGAUCGGAUUGUAUUGCCAUUUAACGUUGCAGACGGCCGAUGUCGCAAUUGCGAAGAAGGCAAGACGGCAUUCUGUACUGGUGUAAACCCAGGCUUCGCUGGUGGCGCGUACGGAUACGUGGCCAUGGGACCAUAUCAAGGCGGCCAAGCACAAUACCUCAGGGUACCGUUUGCUGACUUCAAUGCACUGAAACUGCCGCAAGGGACCGAGCACGAGGCCGAUUUCAUUCUACUUGCGGACAUUUUCCCAACAGGAUGGCACGGGCUUGUGCUCUCUGGGUUCAAGUCUGGCGAGAGUGUAGCAGUGUUUGGCGCGGGCCCUGUUGGUCUGAUGGCAGCAUACAGUGGUGUGCUACGCGGUGCAAGCAAAGUGUUUGUUGUGGAUACGGUCCCCGAACGUUUACAAGCAGCGGAAAAGAUCGGUUGCGUACCCAUCGACUUCAAAAAGAGCGAUCCUGUUGAACAAAUCAUCAAGCUUAACGGCGGCAUGGUUGAUCGCGCAGUGGAUGCUGUUGGAUACCAGGCAGUGGAUGCAUCGGGUAGCACAGAAAAACCCAACAUCGUCCUUGACCAGUUGAUCAUGGUCACGCGCCCAACUGGAGGGCUAGGAAUUCUGGGGCUUUAUGUGCCAGCUGAUCCCGGAGCGCCGGAUGAACAAAGCAAGAAAGGCCAGAUUUUGAUCUCGUUCGGAAAGCUUUUUGAAAAGGGCCUGCACCUCGGAACUGGACAAUGCAACGUCAAAGCCUACAACAGGUAUCUUCGCGAUAUGAUCGUGUCGGGCAGGGCAAAGCCAAGUUUCGUUGUGUCUCACGAGAUUAAUAUCGAGGAUGCACCAACGGCGUACGAGAAGUUUGACAAGAGGAUCGAAGGGUAUACCAAAGUGUUGAUCCACCCGAACGGCGCUUUGAACUAG